GAAGAAGAAGUAGAAGAAGAAGAAGAAGAAGAAGAAGAAGAAGAAGAAGAAGAAGAAGAAGAAGAAGAAGAAGAAGAAGAAGAAGAAGAGAAGAAGAAGAAGAAGAAGAAGAAGAAGAAAGAAGAAGAAGAAGAAGAAGAAGAAGAAGAAGAAGAAAAAACAAUUUGAAAACCAAAACUUGAAAAAAAAAAUGUUUCCAUACAACGAAAAGUUUUAUUGAAAUAUAUGAAAGGAUUGGAAAGUAUCAAUCAUUUCUGCAGUGAGUGCAGUGAGCUAGCACAAAAGGAGUAUAAUCGCGGGCAGAACCAUGUAGGUAAAAGGGUUGUUCGUCGAAAGAGUGGCUUCAGAGCAUCAGAAAUGUGUUAUGCACACGAACCAGACGCUGUCAUAGAAAGUGAGAAUUUCAGGAUCUUAUGGGAUUUUUUCAUAAAGACUGAAGAAAGUAUUGAAGCACGAAGACCAGAUAUGAUCAUAGAAGACGAAAAAAAGAAGAAAAUCCGUGUAAGAUCAUAG